AUGGAGCUGGUGUGGCUGUACAUGAUGCUGAUCCACGUGCAGCACAUCGCUGCCAUGGCCUGGCUGUCCCUGGUCCAGCAGACUUCCCUGCAGGCAGUCCUCUGGGACCCGAGGGGCUGUGGUGGCCUGACAGGGCUGGAGGAAGAGCAGGGGCUGCAGGUCUUUGGCAAGGCCACAAUCCAAGGCACACGGGAGUCCCCUUACAUCAGCGCUGCCGGCACUGCUUUUGCUGUGAGCCGUGCCUGCAGCCGGGGGGAGCUGCACAGGUCACAUCAUCCCCCAUGGUGGUGUGGCUGCGACCCCAGGGUCCGAGGAGUCAGCCCUGGUGGUGAAGGAAGAAGGGGGUGUUCUGAUAACCCGUGUUAUGGGACUGCCUUCUCUCAGGCCUUCGUGGGCAGCCCUGAGAGGAGCCGUGGUGUCUCCUCCAGCCGAGCGCUCAUGGACCUGCACAACAAUGAGGCUGGCAUGAAGAUGGAGUGCAAGUGCCAUGGCAUGUGGGGCUCCUGCCAGGUGCGAGCCUGCUGGAAGCUCCUGCCUUCCUUCCGCCGCGUGGGCAACGUCCUCAAGGAAAAGCCUGAGGGGGCAGCAGAGGUUUUCCCAACGCGGGUGGGUUCCCGCCAGUUCCUGGUGCCCGGGAGCUCUCGCUUCAAGCCCUGCACGGCUCACGGCCUGCUCCACCUGCGGGCCAGCCCGGACUUGUGCCGGGACCCUGGGCACGGCACCCUCGGCACCUCGGGCCCGCAGUGCGAGGGGACAUGGCCGGCCAGGGACGGCUGCGAGCAGGGCCGGCCCGGCCGAGGUGCGGGAGCGCUGCAGCUGCAAUUCCGCUGCUGCUGCCCCGUCAAGUGCAGGCAGGGCCGGCAGCCCGGGGAGGUGCCCCGGUGA